GGAGGUGGGAGAGUGCACGGUGAUGCGCACUGGGAUAGUACCGGGAAUCCGGUCACCGUCCUGCUGAUACGUGUGUUGGGGGGCUGGUGGGAAAUCGUGCACAGUUGUAUGGUGAGGUGAUCGGCUCAUUGGUCUUCAUCCUCAGCUGCAUGCUGUAUGGAAGCAGCGGUUCUGGGCCUGCGCAGAGGGGAUCCCGGAGCUGGGCCUUAGGGUCUGCAGCAUAGAAGAGCCUGACACCGCCGAGAGGAGCAGAAUCCUGGGCCCAGCCCUGCACACAGCAAUACAAACAUGCCAGUUUGUUGGAUCACAGGCUGUAAAUUUAUCCCAGGACGGAUGCAUAAUGGCCAUGAGAUCAAACUACACUCUUUUCCCAAUUCCAUGCAGAGAAUAAAAGAGUGGCUUUUGCAACUGGGACAACAUUUCAAUGACAUUGACAACAUUGCCAACCAAAUUUUGGAAAGCAAACAAAAGAAAUCCAACAAGUUCCGCUUUUGCUCUCUGCACUUUUCCGAUGACAGUUUUAUCGUAAAUGCUUGUGGCCGGACUCUCCGUCCAAAUGCUUUACCUACUAUAUUUGACAGCGCAUCCCAUUCUUCAGAAAAGAUCCAUGAAGAGUUAUCUCUAAGAAAAACUUUCAAAAGGAAGAGGAAAGAGCAAACAUCAGAUGUACCUAAGUUAUUUCACACAGCCCCAUCGAAAAAUCAGGGAAAAAAGACUUCAAAUGAACCUAGUGUGCCUGAUACAGCCCCAUCGCAAAAUCUAUCACCCCUUAUACCUCCUGAGGCAAUUAAAUCAGAAGUGGACUAUGAUUUCCCAUCAUACACGUCUUCAACUGAAAGUUCAGUAGAAAGCUCUGAUAUUAUCACCACCAUUAUAAAAACAGAAUCCUAUCAAGAUGCCGAAACACAAACAGAUUUCACCUUUGAAAAUUCCACCAUUCACUUAACAGGACAAAAUUUAACGAUUGGCAACUCUGCCGCCACUUCAUGUACUCCACCGUACCUCACCCUACAGAACCCAAUUGUGGUACUAAACUGUUUUCUUAAUGCUCCUAGUAAUCCAUCUUAGAAGACUCAUACUAGACUCUCAUACUGCCACUCAAGGACAUUGGUAUUGCCUACUUUGGCUCAAUUGUGUUUUCUCCGAUAAGUUACAUUUUAAAUUCAAGAGAUUCUAUACAAAUGUUACAUUGAACAAUAUGUUUGCAUAUACAUUUCUGUAGCACAAUGUGGCAGGUUUUAAUUCUUCCAACAAAAGAACUAAAGCUUUUCAUUAUUACCAACUGGUAAAGCUGAUAAUGGCGCAAAUUCACCAAGGAAAUUCAGCAAGCAAGUUCCUUGCAAAAUUUUCUCAGUGUGAACAUACAUUUACAGGGCGGAGGUACUGUGUGCUUUUUUUAUUCAAUAUCUGUAUAACCAUAGUAUCUUACCAUGCUCCUAACAAACCCCAAGACCACUUCUUUUCUCGCACUUACUUUGUGUAAUUGAUGCGCAUAAUCAGGGGCUUUUCCUAUCUGUGGGGAAAUUUAGUAUAGAACCCUACCUUAGAUUGUUCCCCUAAGUCAUUGGCUGGAAACUCUUCUUUAUAUCCUAACCUAACAGAUAUUUACAGAGAGGGUUAAAGGGGUAUUCUGGUAUCUGAAAAUGUAUAUAAUAAAUGUAAAACCAUAAAAGAUUCUUAAGUAUACAAUCAUAAUGUGUUAUUUUUUUUUUUUUUCAAUUUUGAAGCCAUGUCAUCUGGGGGUAUCCCCUGCUCCCCUCCCCCAUCCCAUGAAGAUGCAUCAUCUUUAGCUUGUCUAUGAGUUCAAGCCUGCACCCUUAGCAACGUUACUGCCUUCUCCCAGCCCCUUCAAUUAAGUUCUUACAUGUACUGGAGGGGUGGGGCAGAGGUUACUCAAGGUGGGAAGAAACUUGGUUCAAGCCAAGCCCCCAGAGACCAGCUAAAUAUGCUGCAUUGUCUCAUAAUUGGUGAGUGAUGGAUAACUGAGACAACGCUGCUUCAGAAUUGAACUGAACUGCCAGCUGAGGGUAAGUGCAGACGUUACUAUUGCCCAUAAGUAUAAUAUUUGGCUAGGUUCACACUGAGGAAACUCCAGACAGAUAAUUCCUUCCGGAAAUUCCAUGUGUGCCUAAGUGCUGACUGAAUCAGUUUGCGCUAUUACCACGCAGCAAAAUUCCAUAGAAAUUCCGUAGUGUGAACCUAGCCUUACAAUAUUAUAUAUUUUAUGGUAAUAGCUUUAUUAAGAUAUAAUUUUAAGAUACUGGAAUACCCCUUUAACUGUGAGAUUAAAGUUUUUGGGGGUUUUUAAAUCCACACUCCAUUUGGUUUCCCUUUGGUUUCAUUCUAUACUACUUAGUUUUCCCUGGUACUUGGUGGUGUGUGUUAGGGUGCAUUCACAUUACAAUUUGGGCAUACGCCUGCCGUUCGGUUUUCAGUCUGGCAACAAAACUGGAUACGGUGCAAAAAUGAGCCGACCGGAGUCACUAUCAGACUCCAGCCUGGCUCACUUAAAUUAAUGAGAUGCGACCUGGAUACGGCAGCGGUAUCCCCAAAACGUAGUGUGAAUGUAGCUUGAAUGGGAGGCUGACCCUGGGCAACCAAACUGGUGAAUGGUGGUGCUAGUUAAGGACAUCCCCUGCAAAGAACUAUCACAACAUGUUAGUGCUUGAGACCUCUUACUAGGUGCUCAUAAUGGUAUUUAAUAACCCAAGCUAUUUCUCUGUUUCAUAGCUGUCCCCCAUACGAUUGAUGUACACCUUUAAAAAAAAAAAUGUAAAAAACUUGCAUAUUUUUUUGCGCAAGACACAGUUUGCACAAAAAUGUGCGACUUUUUGCUCUUUCCUACUGCCCAUACCAUUCAGAAAAGUAGUUGGGGUUUAGUGGGAGGUCUCCUGUGGCCUGGCAGAUUUAACAUAACUUGUUGACUAGUAUUGAACUUCCAGCAAAUGCGUGUCCAGAAAUUCCAGAAAAUUCUUGUGCCCAGACAGUCAUUAGAGGUAUUCUUCAAGACUAGCAUAUGCGACACCCCCCAUUGGUGUUCUUGCCCUAAGGUAGCAAGCUUCUGGUCUAGGUUUUACAACCUCAUUCAUGUUGUUGCAGGCUAUCCUCAAAAAUAUGCUGAAGGGUCCUUCAAGCCAAGCAUAGGCUUAUUUAUAUUCCUAUUAUUUCAGAUGUUUUGGCUGCAAACAAAUAACCAGUUCUGCUUUUCUAAAAUAAGAUCCUAAGUGAACUUUUGAGAAGCUUACUGCAAUGGUAAGAGGUCCCUGAUGCUCCUUCCAGAAACUUUGCAAACCACAGACAACUUCUGCUUUCCCAACAGGAAAACCCAUUAACUGGAAUAUGUCUAGGUUCAAGGGCAGGGAAUGUAUCAUUGUAUGGAUAAAUGAAAUUAUUAUUCCCACCAAUUGCCUGUGCAUUCGUAAUGGAUACUUCCUUCAUAUUGAUCACAAAAAUGUGAGUUCUUUAUAAAUGGCUACAUAAUGUAGAUCCUUAAAAAGUACCUGUCCCCAAAUAAACUGUGUUCAACUACCUCAGGCUAUGUUCCCUAACUACUCCCCUCCUGCCCUUAAAAACAAUUUCAGAACUUUUAAAGGCUCUGUAUCAUAUCUUUCUACUUGCUCGCAUAGUGCAAUUUCCCAGCAGGAGAAAGUGGGCAUUUCCUGCGGGCAUUACUGAAGCCUGCUGGGGGACCACUUCUGCUCUCACAUUGUUGCAGCAUUGUGAUGAAUAGAAGACCUCAAGCUCUGCAUGUUUGUUGUGUUGCUAUCAGUUAGGCUCUCCUGCAGGUUUCAGUCUGUGCAGCUUUCUGUGAGAAUCUGUGGAGCUUUCACUUUCUGUGCAGCUGACAAUCAAGCUCCGUGCAGAGAAACACUUCCUGAGUUUGGUCUCCUGCCAGGUUGGGAGGAGACCAAAAUCACUGUAUCACUGUAUUAAUUGUGGCAGGGGACAGAACAGAGCCACCUAGUGGCCGUUUUUAAUAUUAAAUUUUAAACAUUUAUGUUGAUCAUUUUAAAAGCAAGUGAAUGGGAAAGUGUCUGCAUUACACAAGGAACUAAUUACACAAGGAACACUAUAUUAAAAGUUUUAUUUGGUGACAGGUACUCUUUUUAACCCCUUAAGGACCAAGCCCAUUUUGGCCUUAAGGACCAGAGCGUUUUUUGCACAUCUGACCACUGUCACUUUAAACUUUAAUAACUCUGGGAUGCUGUUAGUUAUCAUUCUGAUUUCAAGAUUGUUUUUUCAUGACAUAUUCUACUUUAAUAUAGUGGUAAAUUUUUGUGGUAACUUGCAUCCUUUCUUGGUGAAAAAUCCCAAAAUUUGAUAAAAAAUUAGAAAAUUUAGCAUUUUUCUAACUUUGAAGCUUUCUGCUUGUAAGGAAAAUGUAUAUUACAAAUAAUUUUUUUUUGAUUCACAUAUACAAUAUGUCUACUUUAUGUUUGCAUCAUAACAUUGAUUAGUUUUUACUUUUGGAAGACAUCAGAGGGCUUCAAAGUUCAGCAGCAAUUUUCCAAUUUUUCACAACAUUUUCAAACUCGCUAUUUUUCAGGGACCAGUUCAGGUUUGAAGUGGAUUUGAAGGGUCUUCAUAUUAGAAAUACCCCACAAAUGACCCCAUUAUAAAAACUGCACCCCCAAUAGUAUUCAAAAUGACAUUCAGUCAGCGUUUUAACCCUUUAGGUGUUUCACAGGAAUAGCAGCAAAGUGAAGGAGAAAAUUCACAAUCUUCAUUUUUUACACUCACAUGUUCUUGUAGACCCAAUUUUUUAAUUUUUACAAGGGGUAAAAGGAAAAAAAUUAUACUUUAUAUUUGUAGCCCAAUUUCUCUCGAGUAAGCACAUACCUCAUAUGUCCAUGUAAAGUGUUCAGCGGGCGCAGUAGAGGGCUCAGAAGCGAAGGAGCGACAAGGGGAUUUUGGAGAGUAUGUCUUCCUGAAAUGGUUUUUGGGGGGCAUGUUGCAUUUAGGAAGCCCCUAUGGUGCCAGAAGAGCAAAAAAAAAAAAACACAUGGCAUACCAUUUUGGAAACUAGACCCCUUGAGGAACGUAACUAGGCAUAAAGUGGGCCUUAAUACCCCACAGGUGUUUCACAACUUUUGCAUAUGUAAAAAAACUAAAAAUUUCACUAAAAUGUUUCCCCCCAAAUUUCACAUUUUUGCAAGGGUUAAUAGCAGAAAAUUCCCCCCCCCCCCCCCCCCCCAAAAAAAAAAAUUUGUAACCCCAUCUCUUCUGAGUAUGGAGGUACCCCAUAAGUUGACCUGAAGUGCACUACGGGCGAACUACAAUGCUCAUUAGAGAAGGAGUCAUAUUUGGCUUUUUGAGAGCAAAUUUUGCUCGGGGGACAUGUCGCAUUUAGGAAGCCCCUAUGG